AUGAUAAUUGGUCUUGAUAAUGCCGGUAAGACGACUUUCCUCUAUAAGAUCAAAUUGGGCGAGUUGAUCACGACAAUUCCCACCAUUGGGUUUAAUAUUGAAACCUUUGACUAUAAGAAUAUUAAAUUUACUGCUUGGGACAUUGGUGGACAGGAAAAGAUUCGUUCACUUUGGAUGCAUUACCUCUCUAAUAAUGAUGCCGUCAUCUUUGUCGUUGAUGCGUCCGAUAUUGAACGUCUUGAUGAAGCAAAAGAAGCUUUACAUUUGAUCUUUGAGUCUGACGAACUUGUCAAUACGAAAUUACUUGUAUACGCUAAUAAACAAGAUCAACCCAAUGCCUUGUCAGCUCAUGAAGUUCGUGAGAGAUUGGAGUUAUUGGAAGUGACGAAGAAUCCUACCUAUGUACAGCCAUGUAUUGCAACUACUGGAGAAGGACUGUAUGAAGGUCUGGAUUGGUUGAGUAAAGCGGUGAUGGGUGAGGACAUAACAGAGUAG